AUUCGACUUGCCAUUUCGCGAAGUAUGUGGACUGAACAUCGGAAUCCGGAGGGAAGGACGUACUGGUUUAAUACUGGCACUCGCGAAAGUGUCUGGGAGAAGCCAGAUGACUUGAAAACUCCAUUUGAGAAAGCUCUCGGGGAGACAAAGUGGAAAGAAUACUUCUCCGGAGGCAGGAAGUAUUAUUACAAUACAGAAUCAAAAGAAUCAAAAUGGGAUAUGCCAGACGAGCUGCUCUUGCUCCUUGAAAAAGUCGAGAAGGAGAAGCAAAACAGCCAACUUGUAGUUGCCGGCUCCAUUUCCACACCGUCUGCUCCAAAUCCUGCUAUGACAGCCCCAGCGCAGCCUGAUGGCACCGUAGCCCUCACAGGCUCUGGCGCGCUCCCCUUCAGCAACACAGGCCUUUUUAUGCAUCUCUUGCGCAAGGCGGGCGUUGACGCGGAAUGGACAUGGGACCAGACUAUGCGCACCAUCAUCACGGAUCCGUUGUACAAGGCUUUGAACUCCCUAGCUGAGAAGAAAGCAACUUGGCAGAAGUACACAGAUGGUCUGCGUCAGAAGGAAGAAGAAGAGCGUGAAGCACGGCUUUCGAAGCUCCGCCCAGCUAUACGUAACAUGCUCAAGGGCAAUCCGAGCGUGUUUCAUUACACUACGUUCGCUACCGCGGAUAAAUUAUUCUCGCAGCAUCCCAUAUGGCAGCAAGCUCGUAUCGAGGCUGAGCGGAAGCUCAUAUUUGAGGAGUAUGUUGCAGAGCUCAAGCAGCGUGAAGUGCAAGAAACCCGUGCUGCGCGCACACGUGCAACCUCCAAAGUCGUGUCUCUUUUCAAAGAACUCGAUGUGGAUGUCCUCACACGUUGGCGCAAGGCUCACGAAAUGGUCACGGAGUCCCCCGAUUGGCAAGCUGAUCCCGAGCUGCGCAAGCUCCCUACGCUAGACAUCCUCCUUGCGUUCGAAGAUUACUCGCGUGUCAAAGAGCGUGAGUUUGAAGAGCAGAUGCGCCGCGCACAAGUUGAGAAGACACGUGAGGAGCGCAAAGCCAGAGAGGCGUUCAAGGCAUUACUGCAGGACCUCGUGACGGCUGGAAAAAUCAAGGCGCGCAGCAAAUGGCGUCAUGUUUACCCGACUUUUGCUUCUGAUCAACGAUACCUCAAUAUGCUCGGCAAGCCUGGAUCGAACCCCUUGGAACUCUUCUGGGAUGCUGUCGAUGCACUUGACCAGAGGCUCGAUGGUAAGAUCGCUGUUGCUGAGGAGUGUGCCAGGCGCGGCGAUGACCCCAAUGCCAUGGACGUAGUGAAAAGUGAUAAGGAGAAAGAAACUGUGAGCGUGGUGGGCGCGCAGACGACAUUCGAAGAGUUCAGGGCACGCGUAAGGAGGGACCCCGACAGCGUAGGAAAGCUCGGGGAGGAUGAUUUACGCGAAGUAUACGACACGGUUCACGAUCAAGUCGUGAAGAAGCAGAAUGAAGAGAAGCGCCGCGCGGAGAGGAGGCACAGGCACCUGCAAGAUGAUCUUCGCUACGCGAUGAAGAAGCUUUCCGAGCCGCUUGACAUCACGUUGUCGUAUGAAGCUGCUGUCCCCUUCAUCGAGAACCUCCCUGAGUACAAAGCCCUAGACGAUGACGAGGGUCGACGUUUAGCCUUUUCCAAGUUUGUGAAGAGGCAAAAGGAACGAUUGCGUGAGGCUCUGUCGGAGGAUGGUGCUUCAACCACGAGUAGACGUCGCAAGGACCCUGAGCGCGAACGUGAGCGGGAUCGUGACCGUGACCGCCGCGAUGACCGUGACAGAGAGAGAGACCGCGAGCGAGAUCGUGAGCGGGACAGGAGACACCACCAUCGCGAGGACCAUGAUGGGUACCAUGGGCGUGAAAAAGACGGGCAUGGCGAGCGUGAGCGCGAGCGGGAAAGAGACCGUGAGCGUGACAGAGAGAGGGACCGCGAACGUGAGAGGGAGAAGGACCGUGAACGUGAGAGGGAGAGGGAGAAGGACAGGGAAAGAGACAGGGAUCGCGAGCACAAACGGCAUUCACGAGACGAGCGGGAUGGCAGGGAUGAGCGCAAGCGUAGGAAAGGUUCGAGGGAACGUGGUUAUGGGCGGACUGAUGCGCCUCCAUACGGGGAUGAGGAAGAGGCUGAUCAUGUAGGGGAUAAACCUGAGCAGAGCAAAGAACGGAAACGGGGGUCUGAUAGGGCACAUAGUGAACGCGCUGAAAAACGUGCUCGUUAUGAUCCUGAUAUAGAUUCUAGGGAAGAGCGCGGAGAACGAUCCCGGAGGGCGGAAACGCCUGAAGAAGGGGAGAUAUGAUACCUAUACGCUAGUUUUUAAUAUUCACUGGCUUCA